AUGGGUUUGGAUUUAGGCCUUGUGGUGGUUUGCCAGGUGGGGAUGACGAACGACGACGACGACGAUGGUGAAGGUGACGACAACAACCUCCAGCCAGAACUGCCUGCCUAUCUGCUUGCCUGCCCUGCCUGGCAAGACGAUGGUGAAGGUGACGACAACAACCUCCAGCCAGAACUGCCUGCCUAUCUGCUUGCCUGCCCUGCCUGGCAAAGCAAAGGCACCUUAAUCAGCAGCGAGGGCGAAGCAGCGGGUGUGGUUCAAGGCGCGAAGUAG